ACUCAUUAUUUAAUUUGUAUACACACACAUCACGACACAUCUACAACGCUCCAUCACAGCCAAUAAAUAAAUCAUUUACAUUUAUGGAACAUUUUCAAAAUUCUAGUGAUCAAAAGAACUUUAUAACUUCAUGAAGUUGAAUUUCACCACUUAAGAGAGCGAGACAAAAUAUUACAAAUGAGUUGUAAUGUACAACAUAUAGCGAGAGAGCAGGUAUAUGAGAGCGAUCAAGAAAAGGUAAUAAUUUGUGAGAAUCAUUGAUAAUUUUUGAAAAAAUUCAAAUCGAACUCAGUGAACGUUUUGUGGAUCUACUGUAUGCAAUUUUGAAUUGAAAAUAUUGAUGGACGGAGGCAGAAAUAGUAAAGAUCGCACCAGAAGGGGAGAUGAUGAGGGGAGAAGUAAAGAGGAUGGUGAAGUACGUGAAGAAGGAGAUGGAGUUCCAGAAAACAAUGAAGUAGAACAAUCUCAGCUUGCAAGUGACGUGAAUGAACAAGAAUAUGUGGAUGGAUCACAGGAACAUUCACUGAUAUCAGAGAUUGAGAAAAGUAGGAGAAUUAAUUUAGACGAAACGGGUACUACACAUAUUGCGAAGAUAUCAGAGGGGAAAAGAUCGCAUCGUAAAGUAGAUUAUGAUGAUUCAAAUAAUGAACAGAGCUCAUCUAAAUCUAGAAAAUAUGAUAAGGGUAAACAUUCCAAAUCCAAGAAAAAUACACCUCAGACUCAAAGACCUUUAUUAACAUAUUCAACCGAAUUUGUAGAGGAGGUAUAUGAAUCUGAAAUAGAAGAUCCUGAAACCAAAGUAUCAAAUAUCAAGGAUGACCAAAUCAAUUCUAUCAGAGAUAAUGAUGAUGAUGAUGAUGAUGAUCCCCUAAUUUACAACGCAGAAGAAAAGCCAUCUGUAAAUUCUGUCAAUACUGACGUUUCAAAUGGAAAUCAUGGAAAACAUUCCAAUUAUGAUGAAGAUGAGAAAAAUCAACAUGGUUUGAGUGAAUCAAGAGAGUUAUUUUUCAAUCCUCACCAAGUAAGGAUGAGUCUACCAAGCUCAAGAGAUUUCACAUCACGUAAUCAAAGUGAAACUGGACAACGAAUGUCAACAAAUACUGAUCAUGAUACUUCAAAUACUGAUCGAAUUUUUAGGAGAGCAGGUGAAGAAAUUCCAAAAGAUUAUGAAAAUAAUGCUUUGGAUGAUCAGUUUGAAGAAGAGUCCUAUGGAAGUGAAAGUAUUACAUUAACAAAUAGUCAUCAUGAACGUCGCAAGCCCUCGGGAAGUGGAAAAGGAAUAUUAUUAAAUCCUAUUGAGAAGGGAGUAAACAAGACAAGCUCAUUCACUUCUUCAAAAUACUCUGGUGAUGCACAUGAUGAAGAUACUAGAUCAGUUAUGAACCAAAUAGUCUCAGAUCAACAACCUCAAGAGAAUCACGAUGGCAUAGAAAAGCAAUAGAUCCUGAAUCCGAUAUUUUAGAUAAACAUAAGACAGAGGGGAAAAUUUACUCGUAAACCCUGUUGGAGACAGAGAGAGCAACAGUGAAUUAAGAUUGAUCUCUCCUGAAACGAAGCCCUACACCAAAGAUAGUGAAGAAAUUAUGGAUAAUCCAAGUGAUAGUGAUUCAAAAAGAAAACAAGAUAAACAUUUUGAUGGAGAUGAAGUAAACACUUCUGAUGAUCUAGGCAAUGAUUCUUGGAGUCCACAAUCAGAACUCAACAAUAAUUCUUGGAAUGCAAAAACAGAACAGAGACACAAUAAAGGUGAAAAAGAAACUUCUGAUAACCCACAUGAGCAAAGAGGUAGCCUUUUAAAUUCAAGAUCUUUCUCCCCUAACCAGUACAUUGAAGAUGGAGAAGAAAACACAUGUGGUCCCGACCAAUGUGGUUUGAAUUUUGAUCCAGGUCAAAACUUCAAUGACAAGGAAGAUGAAGAUGAAACUUCUCUCAACAAGGAAAUAAUGAGCCAACAUAGUCCAAGCCGGAGAGAAUCGGCGGUUACAUUCGAUGAGGGCAAAAGGAAGGAUUAUAAUGAGGGAAGACCAAGUAAAAAUCUUACAUUGAAUGGAUCUGAUGGGAAUACAAUGGUGCAGAGUUCAUCUCCCCAGAAAAUGAAAGUUUUCGAUGUGAUUCUACGUCCAAGUCAUGACGAUAGUGCUAGCACAAAUCUGUCAACUGACUCAUUAAAGACUGACAAGGAAUCCAGAAACUCAUCUGAUAAGAAUCAACCAGUUGAUAAGGAAUCGAUCGGUAAAAGAAAAAGAGAAGUGAUAAAAAUUAACAAAGAGUUAGCUCCAGCUGUCAUAAAUCUGUUAAAAAAAUUGGAACAAAUUCAGAGCAGUAGUACACCGCCUUCUCCCAAUGCUCCUGAUGAAAAUGUUGCUCAAAAACCGAGAAGAAAAAAGUCGUUGGAUGAUGGUUCAAGGAAGCAGCAAGCAAAUCAUCUGAUAGACUCUGAGAAGGAUAUGACUGAGGUGUCAAACUUUGAGAAAAAGGAGUCGAAGAGUCAGCGGAGCUCAACUAGUAAAUCAAAAAGACUGAGUGUUGAAAGUGAGACAACUUCCAGAUCUGGAUCCACUGAACCACUCACUAGCUUCAAGGAAGAAGAUAAAGAUGAUAAUGAUCAAUUGCCUGCUAUGAAGAACAUCAGAAAUAGAGUCACAAGCUCCAGUACAUCCAAAGGUUUCUGUUCAGCCGAGAAAUGUCAGAGAACUUGCAAAAGAUGCUCGGGAAUAAAACGGAAGAUUGAGAAGGGAGAUUCAAGGGGAGACAGACAUCAAGAAGACCUCAACAUAGCUCCAGCAUUAGAGGCUGUUGCUGAAAAACUCAAAGACUGUUUAAAAAUUGGCUGCUCUUUAUUGAAGAACGUGUAUUACAAUCAGAACUUAGUAAGAGUAUUCUACUUUAGAACUGAUCCUAGUGAAGCAGAAAUGGCCGGGGAACUUUGAGAAAGUUCGAGAAACAGAAAAAGCUCUUUUGUAACUGACGAUGUACUACCUACGCACAAAAUAACGUCUUGUGGUGCUAGAUAAGCAAGAUUCAUUGAUGUCUGUGAAUUAUCUAGAAGUAAAACAAUUGGUGAAUAUAUGUAUGUAAAUGUGAUUGUAAAUGCUUAUGAAAACUGCGUUGUCUGUGUCGACUGUUAAUUAUUGUUAUGAAAAUUCUCGAUUUGAUAACAUGACUUGUGCAAACAUGAACUAUUGUAUUCAUUGAACCAGAAAUAUAAAGAAAUAGUCCUCUAUAUUAAAUUAUCUUGAGAAUAUUCA